AUGUCUUCAAUUUCUCAAGAUCUCACUCCCGAACCACAAUCAAUGUCAGAUGAUUUUGCGUCUCUGCCUACAACUGAUGUCAAAGAAGAAGAAAUUGACUUUUCAGUGGCUUUAGGUGCCGCUAUUCCUGUCAUGACAAUUUUAUUUGCUGAUUUCUUAAACAGCUUUUUUGCCUAUGAAUUACAAAAAAAUACUCUUUUUCCGGCUGGUAAAGAUGCAGCACGACAAACUUUAGACGAUGCCGUUAGAAAUAAUGCUAUACAAUUUAUUAUAUUGGGUGUUCUUGUUUUUGUUGUUGGAUAUUUGCAAAUGUCUUUGUGGAUGAUUGCUGGUGAACGUCAAGCAAAUGUCAAUAUCACGUUCUUUGAUACGGUGUCGACGGGUGACGUCACUACUCGCAUAUCUGGAGAUAUUUCUCUUUAUCAAGAAGGUAUCUCUGAAAAAGUUGGUCAAAUUUUACAAUAUGCUGCUACGUUCCUUGGUGGUUUUGUUAUAGGGUUUAUAAAAGGUUGGAAAUUAACUCUUGUUCUUUGUUCCGUGUUUCCUCUAAUGGCUGCGGCUGGUGGGUUUAUGGCAAAAACUCUUAGUCAAGACACUGUUGAAGCUGCUGGAAGUGUGGCAGAACAAGUACUAUCCGGUAUAAGAACCGUAGUAGCAUUUGGUGGUCAAAAACUUGAACUUGAACGUUAUACUACGCAAUUAGACCGCGCGUAUGUUGUGGGAAGGAAAAAAUCAUUAGUUAGUGGUUUAGGUCUCGGGGUUCUUAUGUUUAUUAUGUUUGGUUGUUAUGGUUUGGCUUUCUGGUAUGGUAGUAUUUUAAUUGUAAAUGUUGAAACGACUGGUCCUGAUAUUUUGAACGUUUUCUUUGCCGUUUUUAUCGGUGCUUUCUCCGUUGGUAAUGCCGCUCCUCAUUUCACUGCUAUAUCAAAUGCAAUGGGUGCCGCUACUAAACUAUUUGAAGUAAUCGACCGCAUUCCUAAUAUUGAUUCAACUUCUCCUGCUGGUCAAAUUAUUCAAAAAUCUUCUUCUCAAGGUCGAAUAGAAUUUAAAAAUGUCUCUUUUCAUUAUCCAACUCGUCCGGAUGUCCAAAUUUUAAAAAACUUUAAUUUGAUUAUCGAACCUG